AUGUCUGAAAGUGAAAUUUCAUUUGAUUUCAAUGAGGAUGACUCUGUUGAAGAAGUAAAGUCAUCUCAAAUGUAAAAUAAACCAGAAAGAUAAAUUAUGCCAUACUCCAAAAGUGAUAAAAAGGAUAAAAAAGAAAAAUUGAAGCAAUUACAAUAUACAAUACAAGGAUAAAAUUCAAGUAAAUAGUAAAUGACAAAGGAUUUGUUAUUCCUUUUAAAAUUUGAAUAGCAUAUGUUGAGUUCAAUUAAUAGUUUGCAUUAGAGAAUUAUGAGAUCUUUAGAAAAUGAAGCCCCCUCAAAUUGA